GGAGGAGGGCCGGCGGGCGGGCAGGGAGGAGGAGGAGGCGGGAGCCGUGUCGCACGCAGCUCCAGGCGGGGCAGCCCCGGCGGCUGAGGGACGCGGCGAGACCUUGGCGGGACGGGGAUUUAACCGGGGCAGGGCCCAGCGACCAGGUGGAGACGUCGCCGGAGCCAUUUAGGCACCCGGGAAAUGCGGGUUUGCCUGCGAUGAGAUUUCAUUCUCUGCCUUUAAAGGACGUCCUUUCUGAACUGCUGUGAAUAAAUCUGGAAUGAUACUGUCUGUUUUCAUCUAAUGGAGAAGUGGCUGUACCUUGAAUAAGGAUUGCUGCACUGGACGACUUCAGAAUACUAUUCAGCAAUGUCAUCCAACAGGAGUCAGAAUCCCCAUGGACUGAAGCAGAUUGGCCUUGACCAGAUCUGGGACGACCUCAGAGCUGGAAUCCAGCAAGUGUAUACCAGACAAAGCAUGGCAAAAUCCAGAUACAUGGAACUCUACACUCACGUUUAUAACUACUGCACGAGUGUUCACCAGUCAAACCAGGCUCGAGGGGCUGGUGUCCCUCCUUCUAAAUCAAAAAAGGGUCAGACGCCGGGGGGAGCUCAGUUUGUUGGCUUGGAAUUGUACAAACGGCUUAAAGAAUUUUUGAAGAAUUACUUGACAAAUCUUCUGAAGGACGGAGAAGAUUUGAUGGAUGAGAGUGUACUGAAGUUCUACACUCAACAGUGGGAAGACUACCGGUUUUCAAGCAAGGUGCUGAACGGGAUUUGUGCCUACCUCAAUAGACACUGGGUUCGCCGCGAGUGUGACGAAGGACGGAAAGGAAUCUAUGAAAUCUACUCCCUUGCAUUGGUGACUUGGAGAGAUUGUCUUUUCAGGCCACUGAAUAAACAGGUAACAAAUGCUGUUUUAAAACUGAUUGAAAAGGAAAGAAAUGGUGAAACCAUCAAUACAAGACUGAUAAGCGGAGUUGUACAGUCUUACGUGGAACUGGGACUGAAUGAAGAUGAUGCCUUUGCGAAGGGCCCAACGCUAACAGUGUACAAAGAGUCCUUUGAAUCUCAGUUUUUGGCUGACACAGAGAGAUUUUAUACCAGAGAGAGUACCGAAUUCUUGCAGCAGAACCCGGUUACUGAAUACAUGAAAAAGGCAGAGGCUCGUUUGCUGGAGGAGCAGCGGAGAGUCCAGGUCUACCUUCAUGAGAGCACCCAGGACGAGCUAGCCCGGAAGUGCGAGCAGGUGCUCAUCGAGAAACACUUGGAGAUUUUCCACACAGAGUUUCAGAAUUUAUUGGAUGCCGACAAAAAUGAAGAUUUGGGUCGCAUGUAUAAUCUUGUAUCUAGAAUCCAGGAUGGCCUGGGAGAAUUGAAAAAACUCUUGGAGACACACAUUCAUAAUCAGGGUCUUGCAGCGAUUGAAAAGUGUGGAGAAGCUGCUUUAAAUGACCCCAAAAUGUAUGUACAGACAGUGUUGGAUGUUCAUAAAAAAUACAACGCCCUAGUGAUGUCAGCGUUCAACAACGACGCUGGGUUCGUGGCCGCACUGGACAAGGCUUGCGGUCGCUUCAUCAACAACAACGCAGUUACCAAAAUGGCUCAGUCAUCCAGUAAAUCCCCCGAGUUGCUGGCUCGAUACUGUGACUCCUUGUUGAAGAAGAGUUCCAAGAACCCAGAAGAAGCAGAACUAGAAGACACGCUCAACCAAGUGAUGGUGGUCUUCAAGUACAUAGAGGACAAAGACGUGUUUCAGAAGUUCUACGCGAAGAUGCUGGCCAAGAGGCUCGUCCAUCAGAACAGUGCAAGUGAUGAUGCCGAAGCAAGCAUGAUCUCUAAGUUAAAGCAAGCUUGUGGUUUCGAGUAUACCUCUAAACUUCAGCGGAUGUUUCAAGACAUUGGUGUAAGCAAAGAUUUGAAUGAGCAGUUCAAAAAGCACCUGACGAACUCGGAGCCUCUGGACUUGGACUUCAGUAUUCAAGUUCUGAGCUCUGGAUCGUGGCCCUUUCAGCAGUCUUGUACGUUUGCCUUGCCGUCGGAGCUGGAACGGAGUUACCAGCGAUUCACAGCGUUUUAUGCCAGCCGUCACAGUGGCCGAAAAUUGACAUGGUUAUAUCAGCUGUCAAAAGGAGAAUUAGUAACAAACUGCUUUAAAAACAGAUACACUUUGCAGGCGUCGACGUUCCAGAUGGCCAUCCUGCUCCAGUACAACACAGAGGACGCGUAUGCCGUGCAGCAGCUGACAGACAGCACCCAGAUCAAAAUGGACAUUUUGGCACAAGUCCUACAGAUUUUAUUGAAGUCGAAGCUAUUGGUCUUGGAAGACGAAAAUGCAAAUGUUGAUGAGGUGGAAUUGAAGCCAGAUACCUUAAUAAAAUUAUAUCUUGGUUAUAAAAAUAAGAAAUUAAGGGUUAACAUCAAUGUGCCAAUGAAAACGGAACAGAAGCAGGAACAAGAAACCACACACAAAAACAUUGAGGAAGAUCGCAAGCUUCUGAUCCAGGCGGCUAUUGUGAGAAUUAUGAAAAUGAGGAAGGUUCUGAAGCACCAGCAGUUACUUGGAGAAGUGCUGACCCAGCUGUCCUCAAGGUUCAAGCCUCGGGUCCCAGUAAUUAAGAAAUGCAUUGACAUUCUGAUUGAGAAGGAAUAUUUGGAGCGAGUGGAUGGUGAAAAGGACACCUACAGUUACCUGGCCUAACCCUCCUGGAGGGGUCUGACCGCGGCGCAGCCCCUCGUCCCGUGGGAAGGAUGGAGACGAGGCGGUGGUGGCGGCGGCGGCGGCGGCGCCACGCGGACCUCCUGCUCAGCCCGAGGCCCAGGCUCCCAUUGCGGGCUCAGGGCGAUGAGAACUGCUCAGGAUCGCCACACUUCACGUCUGUAAAUAACGGACACCAACGCCAUUUAAGCUAAUUUAAGACCAGAGGGGAUGGAACCUUCCUCACUGAGGGCUGCAUGCUUCUGCAUCCGAAUCAACCCAUUGGCCACGUGAAUGACAGCGGCCGGCCGGGCGGCCCUUCGGAGGCCGGCAGCGCCUGGAGAGCAGGUCUGAAUGGACCCACGUGUAAUCCGCUAUGAAAAACCAUUUGUAUAGUGUGUUUCAUUUUUUAAUGUGUGAAAAUAAAGAAAAUUAAAGGAUUUCUGUACAAGUCGCAUUUGGUUUUGUUUUAAGUUUUACUAAUUUCUAUAUGUAAAUAAAAGACAUAAUGAUUGUGCAAA